AUGGCUUUGAGAGUUGAAAAGCUAUCGCAUUAUGGCCCGUCUCUCUCGGUGAAAUUCUAUGGCGAUUAUGUUUUUGCAGGAUAUGGAUUAUGUAUUCAAGUUUACGAUGUUUUCAGCGGCAAACUGGUGAACGAGUGUCAAAUUUUCCAUCGAAACAAAGUACACGGCAUUUCUAUAAAAAAUGGAAAUGUCUUGGCUUAUGGAGCUCGCUCUGUAAGCAUUGUAAGCAUAGAAACUCUUUUGAAGUCCAAAUGCCAGUUAAUGUGUGAAAAAUUGAGCCCCGAGUGGAUUACCAGUGCAGAGUUUAGUUUUGAUGGAAACACAGCUUUUCUGCUAACGUGCUAUAAUAAGGUGCUCUGCUGCGACCUAGAACUUGAGAUACUAGAAACGAAAGCUGUAUACGGCGAAAGAUCCAUCUUGUACUCGGGAACAAUCACGGUUAGAAGCGCAGAAAAAGUUCACAUUAACGCGGGUACCGUUAUGGACGGCGUGUUGAUCUGGGAUCUUUUCUCUGAGAAAAACUUGCAUCACUUCACGGGACACGAAGGCUCCAUUUUUUACGUUACAGCCAGUCAAAAUGGACGUUACGUGGCAAGCUGCUCCGAUGACCGCUCCAUCAAAUUAUGGGAUCUGAAGUCAGGAAGUUUACUUUCCACCGGAUGGGGUCAUACGGCUCGUAUCUGGAAUCUUCAAUUUUUUGACGGUGAUACAAAGCUCAUUAGUGCUUCAGAAGAUUGUACUUGUCGCGUGUGGAAGGUGUGCCAAGAGACUGGUCAAUUAACGCAGCAGGAAGUUCAUGAGGUCCACUUGAGUAAAAGUGUAUGGGGUUUGGACGUAGAUUCAGACAGAAUGAUUGCUGCCACCUCAGGUAAUGACGGCCGCAUUAAAUUGACGGAUCUAAAGCUUCUCAACAGAAUAGGUGAUGAAACCCAAUCUUUCUCCAUAGAAGACAUUUCGCUUCAUGAUGUGAACUUUUCAUCCAAAGAAAUAAUAAAGGGAUUCUUUUGGCUUCAUUUUGGACUUGUGGCGAUAACAUCAGAAGGAAAAAUCAUAAAAUUCAAUCACCGAAAUGCCACCUGGUCCCAAGUUCUCUCGAACCACAAAUUUCAAGACUUUUCUCUCACCACAGGCGUUCAAGAAUUCAAUUUAGUGAUAUUCGCUAAUGGCGUUGGCGAUCUUUUCGUUGUAAAGUUUUCUGACGAUGAUGAAGAAGUUAUAGAAACGCUCGAAACAACUGUUCCGGGGCUCUCAAAAGUAACCAAUUGUCUUGUAGACAGCGUCGAGGGCGAUCUGUUGGUGCUUCUUCAGUCUCCUAACCCAAACGACUCCCUGGUUUGUCUCAAGGUCAACAGCAAUUGUUUGAAAAUCUUGGAAACGUAUAGCUUCCAGCGGCCUCCUAAUUUCAGCGCUAAUUGCAUGCUUCAUCAUAAUAACUUUUUGUUGCUAGGCUCAAAAUUCAGCACCUUAGCAAUUUUCUGCCUCGCAGAUACCGAAAAGCGUCCUCACGUUCUGAGUAGGCUGCUUCCAGGAGAUACGAUAACAUCUCUCAAGUAUGUGGAACAAUCGAGUGACGGCAAAUGCUUAUUUUCUGUUACUGAUCGGGAUGGUUUCUAUUGUUUUGCUUCUAUCGAUCUUGACGCCGGUGAUGCGGAAACUGUACUCAAUAAUAAAACAUCAAAAAGGUUUUUGGAGGGUGCUUUCUACGAUUCGAAUGGUGACUAUAUCACCUAUGGUUUCAAAUCUAACUACUUUGUGGUUUACAACGAGACUCAGCAGUUUGAGAUUAUGAAUGAGCUUUGUGGCGGCUCUCACCGCCAAUGGACUUUCCUGCCUAAUUUUGGACUGGACGAAUACGUCUUUGCCUAUGUCAAGGCCUCGCGUAUAAAUAUAAGAAAACUGCAUAAACCCACUUUUCCAUUACUGUUGCGAAAUGGGUUACACGGUAGAGAAAUGAGGGAUGUCUCUUUGCACCCAGGGCUAUACGGAAAAGGCAAGAAGGUAUUUUGCACCGGGUCGGAGGACACAACUGUUAAGCUGAACUCUGUUGAUGAAAGCGGGGCAACCAGGGCAAUCUGGACUUUCAGGAAACACACAUCGGGGUUACAACGCUGCAAAUUUGUGAGCAACGAACUUUUCAUAACAUCUGCAGCCCGCGAAGAACUUUAUGUAUGGAAAGUUUCGUCGGAGUUCAAGUCGAACCCAUACAUGAAAGCCAUUGCUACUCUACCUCCCUCAACUAAGUUACCUGAUCUCCGCAUUAUGGAUUUCGAUGUUCAGUUCUUCGGAAACUCUAAAAACUUUAUUAUGGUCACAGUUUAUUCGGACUCUGCCAUCAAGCUUUGGUACUUUGACCAGGAAAGUGAACAUUUCACACUGAUUGGGGAAGGAAAAUACGAAACGUGCUGUCUGUUGAAUGUUAAAUUGCUUUUGCUGAAAGAUGUCCUCUUGCUAAUAGUUUCACCUAGUGACGGUCAUCUUGUUGUUUGGGAUAUUACCCUCAGCUUGCCCUUCAGCGUAAGAAAGGGAAAACUAGAAGACCUCUUCUCAGGUGUCUCUGCCGUCUCUGCGCUUCCAACCUACUCGACCAGAUUCCCAGUACACCGGGCUGGCAUUAAGUUUUUAGAGGCAAAGAAAAUCAAUGAGUCAUCUUGUGUUUUGUACUCAGGUGGUGAUGACAAUGCAGUGGCCAUCUCUGAGAUAAAAGUGAGCGAAGUGGGUCGUGCAAUUACUGGGCACGUUUUGAGCUUUGAUGAGACGGCAGCGGCUUCCACUGUGACUGCUGCCUGUUUGAUUGACGAUGGAAGUAUGCUUGUCAUUGCAUCGGUGGACCAGAGGUUAAAAUGCUACGAUGUCACCGAUCACAGUUUGAAACUCAAAGACGUGAUGUACACAACAAAUGCGGACACAGGCUGCCUAGACGCCACUUCGACGCCGAAUGGCACACUUCUUCUCGUUGGUGGAGUCGGUUUCUCAGCCUGGCGACUAAACUUGGCACAACGAUGA